UGCCGAGUGGUCAGCCACACGCCUACGUGUGUGUGUGCGGUUGGAUACACUGGAGACCCGUUCUCUCAGUGCUUUGUACAACGUAAGAAUGAACUCCUGAGUCAUUUCUCUUGUAUUUGUGCGAUUGUGGAUGCAAGUUCGUGCAGAGGAUAAUUGUGACUUGUGGCUUUCAGCUGUAGCCGUGCCCCAGGAGAGGCCAACGCCCUGCUCUCCGUCGCCAUGUGGUUCGAAUGCAGUGUGUAGGGAACAGAAUGGCGCUGGAUCUUGCACUUGUCUACCAGAGUAUGUGGGCAAUCCGUACGAAGGCUGUCGGCCAGAGUGCGUGGUGAACACUGACUGUGCUCCCAACAGGGCAUGUAUUCGUAACAAGUGCCAAGACCCAUGCCCCGGCACGUGUGGCCCGAAUGCAGACUGCCAGGUGGUCAAUCACCUGCCAUCGUGCACAUGCCGGCCGGGAUACACUGGAGACCCGUUCCGAUACUGCACAGUGCAGGCUAGCGAACCUGUGGUAGCUGAACCAGGAGAUCCGUGCAGCCCAUCGCCAUGUGGUCCUAACAGCCAAUGUCGCCAAGUGAAUGGGCAGGCUGUGUGCUCAUGCCUACCGUCGUACAUUGGCAGUCCACCAGGCUGUAGACCAGAGUGUGUGGUGAGCUCCGAAUGCCCGCAGAACCGAGCCUGUGUGAACCAGAAGUGUGUGGACCCUUGCCCUGGGCCGUGUGGCCUCAAUACUCGCUGCCAGGUGAUCAACCACAGCCCAAUAUGCAGUUGCAAACAAGGAUAUACCGGAGACCCCUUCGCCAGAUGCCAUCCAAUUCCACGUAAGCUUCUGGAGCCUUGGGUUUUUCUAGUGUGUGUGAUGCAAUAUGGCCUUGGUGACAGCGCAGGACUGACCUAGAACGUUGUUUCUUUUCUCUUUUUAGCUCCACCUCAGAGGCCGAGUGCCCCAGUAGUUGUGAAUCCUUGCAUCCCAUCACCAUGUGGGCCGUAUUCUGAAUGUCGUGAUACAGGUGGCAAUCCUUCAUGCUCAUG